AUGGAGAAUUUAUAUAGGCUAAACCGUAUGAAUAUGAUACCAAGCUCGUCAGACAAUGUGAAUCAGGGAGAAAAUACUAGGACUACUGAAGGCGGUGCUGGUUAUCAUGGUGUUCCAGUAAUACUGAGUGACGGUAACAUCAACAUGCUGCAAUUUGAAAGGGAUCAGAGUAUGACAGCGCAAAUCAAGACUCAGAUAGCCAAUCAUCCUCGUUAUCCAGAUUUGGUUUCUGCUUACAUAGAUUGCCAAAAGGUUGGGGCUCCCCCAGAGAUGAGAAGCAUACUUGAAGAAAUAGGACGGCUAAGCCUCCCCAUAAGCACUUGCAGGAAUGAGAUAGGAGCUGAUCCAGAACUAGACGAGUUCAUGGACUCAUACUGUGGAAUUCUUCAUACAUACAAGGAAGAGCUUUCUAAAUCGGUCGACGAAGCAACGGCAUUCUUGAGUAGCAUUGAAAUGCAGCUGAGCAACCUCUGCAAAGGCACAUUCCAGAAAAACAAUUCGGACCAUCAGCCAACUGUACCCUUGCCAGAUGAAGCCGUUGGUAGUUCAGAAGAGGAGUUUGGUUAUGGGGAGGUGGAAGCAGCUGAGGGUCAUGAAAACUCAGCGUUUCGUGCUUGUGAUAAGGAACUGAAAGAUAUGCUGCUGAAUAAGUACAGUGGUUACCUCAGCAAGCUGAAAAAGGACUUCUUAAAGACUAGAAAGAAAGGAAAGCUUCCCAAGGAUGCUAGGUCAGCGCUAUUGGACUGGUGGAACACUCAUUAUAGAUGGCCAUAUCCCACGGAAGAGGAAAAAAUGCAACUAUCUGUGGCAACUGGUCUGGACCAAAGGCAGAUAAACAAUUGGUUCAUAAACCAAAGGAAGAGGCACUGGAAGCCAUCUGAAGACAUGAAGUUCGCCCUCAUGGAGGGCGUUGGUGGCAGCAUCAAUGGUGAAGGAGGACCCAGUUUGCUAUUCGACACUGGAUUCGGAAAUGGUGAUAUCAUGUGAUCGAUAAAUUCGGCAAUAAAGAGCAGGUUGAAUGAUGUUAAAGCAUCAUAUCACCGCUCAAUAACCGUUAGUGUUAGCUUUUGAUCAUUAGCUUGCCUAUCUCAUCUCUAUUAUGUGAA